GAAAAGAAGCCAAUCAAAGUCAACAGCUUCCAGCCCUUCCAGACCGCCUCCCCUCCCGCUACCUGAGCUCAUUCCCAAGUGGGUCUAAAGUUCGGCUCCAGAAUCUUGACACCAAAGUUAUUUCAGCAUGUAAUUUGGAGAUUUCAGGAUCUCCAAAGUUAUCUCAGCAUAUCCCAUAAUGUGCUGGAUCAGAAGGUCUUGUUUGGUUGCCUCUCUCUCCCCCAAACCCCACACACCGCACACACACACACCCCACAUACCUACCACACCCACACACAAAGUACACCACAUAGUGCACACAUCACACACAUUACACACCAUACUUUGUGCUACACACUACACACAUGUCUUUUUUAUCAGCACAGGAUUGAUGUCAAACAGUUUGUUGGAGGGAGUGUGUGAGUACUAGUGUGUGUAUAUAUAUAUUUAUAUUCACAAGUGACAGUUUACUACCAAAGUUAGAAACUAGCUGGUAAGUGAAACCUCCUGUUGUCAUAAUUUAGAGUGUCUUUGUGGUUUACUUUUUAUAAAACGGGAUAAACUUCCUACAACAUCUUCUGAAACUUUACUCUUGUGUCACAGGCAAACUUUUGAUCACAGCAGGCCCGAUGGGAGGGGAUGUCCCUUUGUAUAUGUAGGAAGAGAUGCUUGGAAAAACUUCAGAGAAUCCUUUCUCCUGUGGCCGUGUCUAAGGAAGAGCUGGGUGUAGCUACAGUUUCUUUGCUUUUUCCGCUUCAAGAGUGGAGAGCUGAAUAUGCUUUUGUUCUGAGCAGCAGUGUCAGGACAACCCCCCGCUCCCCUGCACACAGAACUCCCAGUCCAGCCUCCUUCCAAUUUGGCUUUACUAGGAGAAUAUAUUGUUCAGGAAAUUCAGAUCAAGUCCAAAAGCAUUAUGGAAUCUGUUGGUGAAAGAGCUCUUUAUCUCUAUAAGAGUCCAUCAUUUGAGAUCAGCACUGGUGAAAAAUCCACAUGCCUGAUCCAUGCUCAGAAGAUAGCACUCAAAAAUAUUUAAACAUUUACAAUUGGUUCCUAGAUUACUAUUGUUUGUUUGCCUUUUCAAGGGAGCAAUGGCAAAUAUUUGAACUCUUUCUAGGCAGUGAUCUUCAAGGAAGUCGAAAAUUUCUAAUAUCAUUCCUGGAUUAAGGACAAAUUUUUGACCUUGAAAUUCAGGUUCCAAAUUUAAAUCAAAGUUGAUCUCCUAGUGUCUUUAAAAAUUAUUUUUAAAAAGGAGGCAGGCAGUUUUCUCCUCGGAUUCUACCCAAAUUCUACCGGGUAUUACAGCAACAGAUAACUUUUUCCAGGGACUUUCUGGGGAACCUGUGUUCUCUGCCGUAUCUUGAGUGGUUUUGUUGACCAUCUUGACCUAAAAGUGUCCAAAUGAAGAGCCAACCAUGUAUGUUUCCUGUGUAUGUGCAGAACAUUUAUGGAAUGAGUCUGUUCCCCUGGAGAAGUGGUUUAAGCCAAGCAAGGGAACUGUGAGAAUGACCAGUAUAACUUAAACAAAAGAUCUUGCCCAGCCUCUCUGCUCCACUUCCCAGUUUUCUGAUUUGGUAUUUAGAAUGAUGGCAGGAGAGACUGAAUUUUGGGGUGGGUAUAAUAUCUUUCUAUUCAUAUGUAACUAAUAUAGUACCAGGUACUCAUAGAUUGUAAGUGAUGGUUGAAUUUCUCGAAUUAUGUUUUUUUUUGCAACUAGGAUAAACAGUUAAAGUUAAACCUCCCAGAACUAAUUGUUUUUGUUUUGUAGAAUAAGGUUUUAUUUGUUUCAGUUUGAAUUUUGCUGGUUUCAUUUGGCAGGAUAAAUGCCAAAAUAAAAGAAUGUGGGCAUAUUCAGGAGAUCUGGUCAUCUAUUUUGCAUCCUCUCUGAAAUAUGUUACUUCCUGCAUAAUGAAGUAAAAGGAUUUGCUGCUGAGCAGUGCUUUCCUCAUUCUCACAAAGGGAUUACUUAAAAGCCAGCCCUGGGAACUUUGUCCAGGAAUCUCUAUUGGGAAAAAAAGAGUAAAACAGGGACUGCAGCUUCUGAGUGUUCUCUAUUAUAGCCCAUAAGCACUGGAUUCUCACUCUAACUUUUCCCUAAGGGGAGAAAAAGAAAUAGUUUGAAACAUGACAUUCAUGCUCAGAACAACAGCUAAGACCUAUCAUGCAGCAACAAUGAAGGGGAGGGAGAAAAUAAGAAGCUAUUGAGACAGCUUGUUUUUCUUUGUUACAAGACAGGUGCAGGGAGAAUUCUGCAGGUUUUGGACUCCUGAUUCAUUCACUUGCACUAAUUGUGCUGAAGGUAGUUAGCAAAAGUGAACAGGCACACUGUAGCUUUAAAAAGUCAGCCAUGAACCAGAAGGCAGUUGGUGCAGCUUGUGUGUGAUUCCUAACGUCAUGUUGGCUGAGAGCCAGCCUGGUUUUAUUUCACUGUGUCAAAUUGUACCUCCUUAUUGAAUUCCUUUGCCAGCCUACUUUGUGAAAGAAAACAUUGGGGUUUCUUUGGCUGUUCUUGAUAAGCCUAUAAAAAAUGAUAUUUUUUAGUUGCUUAUAGUUGCUGAAGUAAAGGAACCCUGCAGCCUUCCCAUGCUAUCUGUUGACAUGGAAAACAAGGAAAAUGGCUCUGUCGGUGUAAAAAAUUCCAUGGAAAGUGGGAGACCACCUGAUCCUGCAGACUGGGCUGUGAUGGAUGUCGUCAAUUAUUUCCGAACCGUGGGAUUUGAGGAGCAAGCUAGUGCUUUUCAGGAACAGGAAAUUGAUGGAAAAUCCCUGCUAUUGAUGACAAGAAAUGAUGUGUUGACAGGACUUCAGUUAAAAUUGGGGCCUGCUCUGAAAAUCUACGAAUAUCAUGUAAAACCUCUGCAGACAAAGCAUUUAAAGAACAACUCUUCAUAGUAUAGUCAAAUUGGGGUCUAAGACCUCAAAAAAUACAUAAUGACAUAAUUUAGUUUCAUGUGAUGAAACUUUGUAAACAGAAUACAUACAUGUGUAUAUGUAAAGAAUUUCAAUCAAAUGAAACGUUAUCCUAUUGGAUAAACUAGGCAAUUCAUCAGCUGACCUGAAAUCAGCCAGGAGGAGCAAGGACAAGAUGCGCACAGGGUUGUUUUCCUCGUGGAAUGUGUUGAAUAGAAUGAUCUUUGACACGAUUAGAUACUCCUCCCCAGAAAGGCUUUCAACAUAAGGAUUUUCGUCAUCUCUUUAUAGAUUGCUUUCCCAAAAUCCUUUAAAAAAGAAUUUAAUUGAAUGACUAUCUUUUGGUUACAGACUUAGGAAGGGUAAAAACAAGAACACUUGGGGAGGGGGAGAAAGAAGAAAAGGAUUGCUGUCCCCCUUGAAUUCCUUUGCUCCUUAGAGCCUGUGUUACUUGGAUGGAAUUGCCGACACCCUUUUUUAUAGAGGGUUCUCCACUUGACCUUAUUAAGGUUUUAUUGGGAUACGCUGCCGUGUUUGAAAUGAACAUGCAUCAUGGCCCCUUCAGGAGCAGACUCGUAGCUCUGAAAAGAGAAGCUCCAUUGUGUACUGAGGGUAUCCAUCCAUAUCCAGCUAGCUUUCAAAUGGGGUAAUGGUAUUUUCUGCACAGAUUUUCUUUUAAAUUGGUUCUUUGUUUUUGAAGAAAGCAUUUUUUUAACUUCAUGGUUUUAUUUAUAAUGAUUUGUUUCUGCAGCAAUUUGCUGAGAGUUAUAGGUCAAAAAGCCUUGUUACUAGUACAGAAUAUUUUUAUAUAUAUUCCUUUAUGAUGGUGUAAUUUUUUAAUUGUCCUAUGCUUUGUUCAGUUCCUGGGUUAAGUACUUGUUUUUAAGAACUUGGAAAAAGUGGGCUUGCUACAUCUCUGUUCAAAGAGACAUUUGUUCAAUCUCUAUGUGUCAACGCCUUGUUGAAUUGGUGCUUUGUGGUUGCAAUAAAGCAUUGCUUCAGUUUGUUGCCAGUGUA